AUGGAAUUUGCGGGUGGAAACUACACGGUGGUCACUGAAUUUAUUCUACUAGGUUUUCCAACACGCCCUGAACUGCAGGUGGUCUUAUUCCUCGUAUUUCUCAUGCUAUAUGGUCUGAUUCUAGUGGGGAACGUUGGACUGAUGCUUUUAAUCAGGACGGAUCCGCAUCUUCAGACUCCCAUGUAUUUUUUCCUCAGCAACCUGUCCCUUGUAGACCUCUGUUACUCCUCAGUCAUCGUCCCCAAAAUGCUAGUCAAUUUCUUAUCAGAGAACAAGUCUAUCUCCUACUACGGGUGCGCACUGCAGUUUUACUUUUUCUGCACUUUUGCAGAUACGGAAUCCUUCAUCUUGGCCGCCAUGGCGUACGACCGCUAUGUCGCCAUCUGUAACCCUCUGCUCUACGCAGUCGUCAUGUCUCAGGGCAUCUGCAUAAGGCUGAUUGUUUUGUCAUACAUCGGAGGCAACAUGAGUUCCCUGGUCCAUACGUCCUUUGCUUUUAUCCUGAAAUACUGUGACAAAAAUGUUAUUAAUCAUUUCUUCUGUGACCUCCCUCCUCUGCUGAAGCUGUCCUGCUCGGACACAACGGUUAACGAGUGGCUUCUCUCCACCUAUGGCAGCUCCGUGGAAAUUAUCUGUUUCUUCAUCAUCGUCGUCUCCUACUUUUUCAUUCUUCUCUCAGUCUUAAAGAUCCGCUCAGCCGAGGGAAGGAAGAAAACCUUCUCUACAUGCGCGUCACAUCUGACCUCUGUGGCCAUCUAUCAGGGGACGCUUCUCUUCAUUUACUCGAGGCCGAGCUCCCUGUAUUCGCCCAACACGGAUAAAGUUGUAUCGGUGUUCUACACCAUUGUCAUUCCUGUGCUGAACCCACUGAUUUACAGUUUGAGAAAUAAAGAUGUAAAAGAUGCAGCUAAGAAGGCUCUGAGAUUGAAGGUAGAUUCUUCAUGA